AUGUUAACCGCUGCUACGUCAAAAACCCUAUCUUCUUCCUCAUUUCUUCACAACCCACAAACCAAUUCCCAUUCCCUCGCCUCCACAACCAUUCAUCUCUUCAAAUUUCCUCAAUCUCAGAAAAAAUCCCAUACCAAUUGCCUCUCAAACAAUCACACUGAAAGGGGUAUUGAAUUCGACAUCGGAGACACCUUCUUCCGCCAUGAAAGCGCCACCGGACGCGACUUGGGUGUGCUCGCGGCGUCGCUCUACCGGAGAUCCAAACACAACCUACGGGUUCUCGACGCAUUGUGCGGUUGCGGGAUUCGGUCGCUCCGGUACUUGGUCGAGGCCGAGGCUGAUUUUGUGUGGGCGAAUGACGCUAAUGACGAAAAUCGAAGGGUUAUUUUGAACAAUCUGUCGCAGGUAACGAAAGAAUUUGGGGAUAAUCGGCGGUGGUUGGCUACGAAUUUUGAUGCGAACAGGGUCAUGACGGAGAUCUAUUUACAGAAGGAUUUCUUUGAUUUUAUUGAUGUUGAUUCAUUUGGUAGUGAUUCGACCUUCUUGAGGUCUGCGAUCAACGCGUUGAAAGUGGAUGGAUUGCUCUAUGUUACGUCCACGGAUGGUUACUCUUCCGGCGGUCAUCGACCUUCUCAAUCUUUAGCUGCAUAUGGAGCAUAUGUGCGUCCCAUGCCAUUUUCGAAUGAAAUUGGUUUGCGAAUGCUUAUAGGUGGGGUUGUACGUGAAGCUUCUGUACUGGGUUACUAUGCAACACCACUCUUUUCGUAUUAUUCAUACCAUGGACCUGUUUUUAGAGUUCUGCUUCGUAUCAAUCGAGGGAAGAUUAUGGAUCACAGGCAUUAUGGCUUCAUCAGCUAUUGCAAAAAAUGUGGAAAUUCUCAAGUUUUCUCGUGGACUGAACUUGGACUGAUGAGUUGUCCUUGCAACGAUUCAAGAGUUUCUGAAUCGCUCGUGGUUUCUGGACCUCUUUGGACCGGACCUCUACACAGUGCAGACUACAUUGAAGACAUGUUAACCUUGGCUAAGCAAUGGGGAUGGAUUGGCAAUGGCCAGGGGAUGGAUCUUGAGAAACUUCUGCAACAGAUGGUAGAUGAGAGUGACUCCAAACUACCAGUUGGGUUCAUCAAAUUAGACGAGGUUGCAAGCCGUGCUAAAGUAAACUCACCUCCCCUCAAAGUCAUGAUGAACGAGAUGAUCAAGGCUGGAUAUGCUGCUAGUAGGUCUCAUAUUGCCUCAAACGCAAUCAAGACAAACUGUCCAAUGGCUGAGUGCAUCAGAAUUGCUCUCGAACUGCAGCAUAGUUGUCUCGGUGUGCAUUGAAUGUUGUAGCGACAGUUUGUGGCUGUGGAAACUACAAUCCUUCAUUGCUUGUUGCAGACAAGCAAAGGUGAACAAGACCGAACAAACGUAAGCAUCUUUCUCUAGUUGUCUCACUUUGAAAAUUGAUGAUGAUAAUAGUGGGUCAAAUGAACUAACAGUGGGAAUGUGCCCAAAGACAUGUGAAUGAUUUAGAAAGGAAAUGUAAAAAUUAGCCUUUUGUACUUCAUAUAUGCAUUCUGUACUCAAGCUUUGAUGACAUUUUAAAUUACUGCCA